AUGUCGAUUGUUCGACCGGAUUUCUCUCCGCUUCCGACAAACAGCGAUGGACACCAUGUGAGUGAUAGUGGUGAGCCGGUCGGAACAAAUGAAGCAGGCAAGCCUUUGGGGCCUGGAAAUCAGAUCUUGCCCACUGAUGGACUGGGCAGAUAUAUUUAUCCCGUAAUUGGACCGAAUGGGGAACCGUUGCCGACCGAUAUGAACGGGCUGCCAAUAUACCCUGUUGUCGGGCCAAAUGGAUAUUUACUUCCAACAGACUCAUCGGGAGCGACGAUUAACGAGAAAGGAGACUCUGUUCCUACAGAUUCAAGCGGUAUCCCAUUGGACCGCGACGGCAAACCGCUCCCUACGGACCAAUUGAGAUACCACACGCUCCUGACUGCCAAGACCCCAACUGGACAUUGCUACAUUAAUGCACAUAUCGAAUUGAUCCUUGUGCUUGACACGUCAAACUUUGUGAAAAUCUUGGACUACCGGGUUAUGAAGGAGCAUAUCAAGACAUUCCUUCACCAACAGCUCAAUUUAAUGCCGAACCAUGUCCGCAUCGGUGUGGUGAAAUAUGGCGACCAGAUCGACGUGCCGGUGCCCAUCGGGGCAUAUGUUGGCGAAGACGAUUUGCUUCACCAGAUUUCUGAGACCAGGAGGAUGAAGGGCUCGCCAUACCUUGGUGCUGCUCUUCGCGAGGUUGCCGGGGAUUUCAUCCUAUCGGGAAGCGAUAAUGUGCCACGCGUUGUGAUUAUUUUCAAAAACGGACUAAGCGUGGAUGAUGUCAAAGAGCCGGCGGAUAUGCUGCGCAAGGAGUUAGGUGCAAAUAUCUUUGUGGUAGAUGCCGGAGGAGACGAAAGUCAAGAACAGGAUCUGAGAGUCGUGAAGGAUCCUAGCCAUGUGCUGCGAGUGAAUCAAUGGAGGACAGCAGACGCCACAAGCCUCGGACCUCUCGCCGAUCUGAUUUGCCAGGUGGUUCCCGCUGCACGAAUUGACGACGAAACAAAAUUGUGGCCUACACGGGUACCUCGUCCAUACCAUACAACUGUUAAAGACCGCGAUUGCCAAAAAAUUGAUUUCGAAGCCGAUGUGAUAUUGAUGCUUGAUUCUUCCGAAAACUUCAAUUAUGCUCAAUUUGCGCAAGUAAGAGAGGCAGCAGCCACCCUCGUCGAUGAGACGUUUGAUCUCGCCCCUGAUCUUGUCCGGACAGGGCUUGUUGUAUAUAGUGAUAAGGUAGCGGUGCCAGUAGCCCUGGGACACUACGAGGAAAAGCUCGAUCUCAUUGAAAAAAUGACGGAUGCGGAGAAAAUUAAUCAAGCGGGACAAGCAAUUGCGUUAUACGGGUUCAACGCGGCCAAGGAACAAUUUGAUCUCCAUGGACGAAAAAAUGCCACAAGAAUCGUCGUCAUGUUCACAGACGGCCAGAACCGCGGUAACGCGGCUGGCGCAGCUGAGGAUCUACGGCGACUAUAUGAUGUUCAGCUGUUUGUAGUAGCCAUCGGUGCGAAGACCGAAAAUCUGCCCGCAUUGAAAAGACUUGUUGGAGAUUUCCCGGAGCGCUUAUUCGAAGUCACGUCUCCCGAAAAGCUUGUCGAGGAGGUUGGCGAUCUCGGUAAACACCUUUGCGGCUACACGACGCCUCCGAUGCCAAAGCCAACUCAAUCAAUUCACAAGGUCACCACGAAGCGGGAUAUGGAAGCCGUGCAAAAAAGCACAACCACGGCUUACCGUACAACGAGGUCAAUCAUUCCGCAACCAUUAUGUGCUGAUGGAAUCCGUCGUCCUUACCAACUUUCUCUGAUCGUCGAUAUUACGGGUAGAUCGAACCAGAGUGAUCUCGAGACGGCCCUCCUUCAAACAGCUACGUUCCUGCGGGAAAAAUUCGCCGACACCCCGGAAAUGCUGACGCUGAACCUGGUGACAGUGAAUAGUGAUGGAGUCUUUGCGAAAAAAUCGGGUGUCAAAGUCCAAGACGUUGAUGCCGAAUUAGCUAACAUCCACCAACACCAGGAUGACACCUUAUCGGCAAAGAUUGGCGAAGGAAUUGACGCAGCUGUGACAUUGGCGAACACGAACCAUGUGAAGGGCGUCUUCCGCAUGAUUAUGGUGGUCAGUGCUGACGGUACAUCAAGUGAUGAACCAAUGCCAGCCGUCGAAAUUGCCAGGGACGAGUACGGGCAUCAGCUGGUCGCAGUUUCGAUACGCAAACCCGUGAAUCAAAUGCUUGCCAGCAUCGCCGACGACAAACCAACCAGGGUAAUCCACCUAGCCGAUUGGACGAGCUACGACCUUUAUUCGUCAUGGUUAUCUUACGCGAUAUGUGAUGCCGUUACUUCGACUACCACAAGAAAACCAACUACAACCACACCUCGCCUAACGACCUCGGCCCAACGGAAGACAACCGUGACUGCUAAACCUCCGACUCAAACCGAGCCUUCCAACGUGGAGGUGGUAGCCCUAAACCCGAAGGCAAUUUCCGUCUCCUGGACAUGCUGCACUAAUAACCGAGCGAACUAUUCGAUUCUAUACACUAAAGACCAAUCAUUACCCAAGGAAAACUGGGAAAGACUUCCAGCAAGAUGUCGCGACAGCUUUGGUUUGGUGAUUGCCAAUCUCGACACGAACGCCGAGUAUAAAGUGUGCGUUGUGGCAAUGACCGGCAAAGGAACGCUGAACAUGACAGCACUUGACUCCGACAGCAAUUGCGAAGGAAUCCAGCUCAACAAAGAUUCGAGCCCACCUCCUGAAUACACAGCAAUGGAUGUGAUCCAACCAUGCAACUGUAUUUGUAAGGGUGGUGAAGCCCUUAUUGCUCCUUGCGGAGUACCCUUGGAUAACAGCCGGCCGAUGACCACCCUGCCACCGGCCACUGAAGGCGAAUGCAACUGCAAGGUUGAUGCUCAUGCGGGUCGUUGCCCAGCCGGAUAUGCGCUGAGCAACACCAAGUGUUACGAUAUCGAUGAGUGCAAGAACGGGAACGGCGGCUGCUCGCACGGGUGUGUGAACACGCCCGGAUCGUACUAUUGUGCAUGUCCCCAUGGAAUGGUCCGCGACCCCCUCAUCCCGAACAAUUGCAUCACCGCGGCAAGCUCUUUCAACCGAAUUGCCGAGUUGCUAGGACAAUAUGUACAUGCGAAUGCGGAAGAUCUGCAGAAAAAUGAGGAAAAACCGGCCAGAUUCAAGGCCAAAAUUGAAUCUGAAGACGACAAAACGAUUUCCUUCGAAUGGUCUUCAGUGCCGCAGUCAGUCGGCAAUGCCUUCAAAUGGCUUUUC